CCGAUGCGGAGCUAAAGGAAUUGACGUUAAUGGCUAUUGAAUCAUUGUUGCAAAACAAUAAUAAAAGUUUGAAGGACUUCAAACCAAUGCCAUAUCCAAAAGACUAUGUUGUUUCCUUUAUAGGAAAUAGACUUCUUUAUGAAGAGCGUCAAUACAAUGUUGUCGAACAACAACGACUUUUUGCUAAUUUAUACUCUUCUCUUACAGAUGAACAAAGAGGGAUUUUUGAGGAAAUUAUGGAUUGUGUAGAAAAGCAACAAGGUGGGGUUUUUUUUUUAUAUGGAUACGGUGGAACCGGUAAGACCUUUAUGUGGAACACUUUAUCGGCAGCACUUAGGUCUAAGAAAAAAAUUGUCUUGCCAGUUGCUUCAAGUGGGAUUGCAAGUUUGUUGUUACCAGGUGGAAGAACAGCUCAUUCUAGGUUUAAGAUUCCUGUCCCUACUUUAGAAACUUCUAUUUGCAACAUAAACAAAAAAGAUGAACUUGCUGAGCUUCUAAAGAUGACAGAUCUAAUAAUAUGGGAUGAAGCUCCUAUGGCUAACAAAUUUUGCUUUGAGUCUCUUGAUAAAUCCUUGAAAGAUAUUAUGAGUGGAAGUACACAUGCAUGUGACAAAAUAUUUGGAGGUAAGGUUGUUGUGUUUGGUGGUGACUUCAGACAAAUUCUCCCUGUUAUACCAAGAGGUACUAGAUCUGAUAUUAUCCAUGCAACAAUAAAUUCUUCUUAUAUUUGGGAUCACUGUAAAGUUUUGAAACUUACAAAAAACAUGCGCUUGCAAGCUGGUGCAACUACUCCAACUACUGAUGAUAUUAGGAGCUUUUCAGAGUGGAUUUUAAAAAUUGGAGAUGGAACCAUGUGUGAGCCCAAUGAUGGUUAUGCAAGUAUAUGUAUUCCAGAAGAGUUUUUAAUUUCAAACUUCUCCGAUCCCAUUAAGGCAAUUGUUGAGGAUACAUACCCAGAUCUCCUUCAUAACUAUCUUGAUUCCAACUAUCUCCAAAGUCGUGCAAUUUUAGCUUCAACAAUUGAGGUAGUGGAUGACAUCAACCAGUAUAUUACAAACCUUCUUCCAGGAGAAGAGAAAGAAUACUUCAGUAGUGAUUCUAUAGAUAAAUCUGAUUCUACUAACUUUGAUGCAUAUGAGCAUGUUACUCCGGAGUUUCUAAAUGCUCUUAAAACUUCUGGUUUACCUAAUCAUUCCAUCAAGGUCAAGGUUGGUGCCACGAUUAUGUUAAUGCGCAAUCUUGAUCAGUCGGAAGGAUUGUGCAAUAGUACACGACUAACUGUUACCAGGCUUGCCUCGCAUGUCAUUGAAGCCAAGAUAAUUUCUGGAAAAAAUAUUGGUAACCUCAUUUAUAUUCCUAGAAUGUCUUUGUCACCCUCACAAUCACCAUGGCCAUUUAAAUUGGUGAGACGCCAAUUCCCUAUUAUCGUUUCCUUUGCCAUGACAAUUAACAAAUCUCAAGGGCAAUCUCUGGACAACGUGGGUUUGUACUUGCCGAAAGAUGUUUUUAGUCAUGGUCAAUUAUAUGUGGCUAUCUCUCGAGUUAAAUCCAAGAAGGGAUUAAAGAUUCUUAUUCAUGACAAGGGAAGAGAACCUAUGGAUACCACCACUAAUGUUGUGUUCAAAGAAGUGUUCCAAAACAUAUGAGGUUCAAGCAUCCUAUUCAUUUUGAAGAUUCAUAUGGCAACUCUGUAGAAUAUAAGAAGACAAUGCAACACUUUUUGUAUUUUUCAUUUUAUAACAACAUUAACAAUGGUUUAUGAAAAG